AUCAUACAUAUCGAUGCCAAACCAAAUGUCCGUAAACAAAUCCUUCGCGAACUUCAUAUUCUUCACGACUGCAAAUCACCGUAUAUUGUGUCAUUUUAUGGAGCAUUUAUGAAUGAUGGUGAUGCUUCUAUGUGCAUGGAAUAUAUGGAUGUUGGAAAAAACGGUGCCAUUCCAUUAGAUAUACUUGGCAAAAUUACACAUUCGGUACUAGAGGGUCUUAAUUAUUUAUAUCAAUGUCAUCAAAUCAUUCAUAGAGACGUAAAACCUUCCAACAUCCUUGUUAAUUCAAAAGGUCAAAUCAAAAUUUGUGAUUUUGGAGUUUCUGGUGAAUUAAUUAAUUCAGUGGCAGAUACUUUUGUUGGCACAUCACAUUACAUGUCGCCUGAACGUAUUCAAGGCUCUCCGUAUACUGUAAGAUCGGAUGUUUGGUCUCUCGGUAUUACUUUGAUGGAAUUAGCUAUCGGAAGAUUUCCUUUCCCCCCUGAUGGUAGUCAAUUGACUGUGUUAGAACUGUUGCAACAUAUUGUCAAUGAACCUCCCCCAGCAUUACCAGCCGGAGAAUUUCCACCAGAUUUUGAAAAUCUAGUACAGCAAUGUUUAAUCAAAGAUGUUGAUAAACGGCCGGUACCUCACGAUUUACUGCAACAUCGAUACGUAAGGGCUUCUGCUCAAUCGCAAGUAAAUGUUGAAGCUUGGGCAAACAGUAUUAAACGAUAG